CCCCGCAUCAUCCAUUUCUUCUACUGGGCAGAAGGCGGAGAGGCUAACGACCUCAGAAAUUACUGCUACCAUACGUAGUGUGCUGUUUCGGAGUACGAAGGGACGCAGACCAAGAGCUGUCAGUGACUGUGAGUAAAACAUUGGAAAUAUUCGUGGUGUAAACUUACCUGUGUCUGUUUUGUCGCAGAGUUAGAGGCGAAAGGGUCCGCCGCCCCCGCGGUCUCUACAAAGGGGCGCCCCUGUCCAGGAUUCGAUCGGCCUACGGGCAGUGGAGAUAGGGCAGCGCUCGACCCGGUGAGGUGGUGUGUGACCUUCGCCCCUCUGCUGACCUACGGAGGAAACCAUACCUACCCAGAAAGCUGUAAACAGCAGAGCCGUGGCCGCCUGUGGAGAGAAAGGACAACGAGAGUGAACAAUUGGAGAGCAGACUGUGAACGUGAUACCUACCCAGAAAGCUGUAAACAGCAGAGCCGGUGAGAAAUACUCGAAGUCCAAGUAACAGUGUCUUUGUGUCUUAGUGGCCGCCUGUGGAGAGAAAGGACAACGAGAGUGAACAAUUGGAGAGCAGACUGUGAACGUGAUACCUACCCAGAAAGCUGUAAACAGCAGAGCCGGUGAGAAAUACUCGAAGUCCAAGUAACAGUGUCUUUGUGUCUUAGUGGCCGCCUGUGGAGAGAAAAGACAACGAGAGUGAACAAUUGGAGAGCAGACUGUGAACGUGAUACCUACCCAGAAAGCUGUAAACAGCAGAGCCGGUGAGAAAUACUCGAAGUCCAAGUAACAGUGUCUUUGUGUCUUAGUGGCCGCCUGUGGAGAGAAAAGACAACGAGAGUGAACAAUUGGAGAGCAGACUGUGAACGUGAUACCUACCCAGAAAGCUGUAAACAGCAGAGCCGGUGAGAAAUACUCAAAGUCCAAGUAACAGUGUCUUUGUGUCUUAGUGGCCGCCUGUGGAGAGAAAGGAAAACGAGAGUGAACAAUUGGAGAGCAGACUGUGAACGUGAUACCUACCCAGAGAGCUGUAAACAGCAGAGCCGGUGAGAGAUACUCGAAGUCCAAGUAACAGUGCCUUUGUGUCCUAGUGGCCGCCUGUGGAGAGAAAGGAAAACGAGAGUGAACAAUUGGAGAACGGACUGUGUAAUGUGAUACCUACCCAGAGAGCUGUAAGCAGCAGAGCCGGUGAGAAACACUCAAAGUCCAAGCUAACAGUGCUUUUGUGUCGCAGUGACCACCUGUGGGGCACAAGGAGAAAGAGGGUGGACGUACGACAGGGAACGUAAAGGCACGCGGGGCGAGGACCCCCUGCCGACCUGAGGAAAGGUACACAGACAGUGGACAAAUCUCCUUACCAGUCACACUGAAAUUAUUCUGCCUCCAGGAAGGAAGAAGGAGGGCGCCACGGUUAGCAGGGUCCAGGCCGGAGCCUGACGUUUCCCUUUCUCCCCCGGCUUAUGGUGGUUGGCACCCCUGUUGCCCUUGCCCUGUCUGCCCGUGGCUGCAGUCUCCCUGGAGGGAGGAGAAGAAACCUAUUAGUUUUAAUUUCCCCUUUCCCCAAUUCCCCAGUUCUUUUAGAUAUUUAAACUAAAUAAAGCUUGUUUUAAAUUUUACUUACCUGUUCCCGUGUUUGUCUGGUCAUUGGGUUGGCUUUGGGGACCUCCUCGAGGUGGGAGUUGCAAAGGGGCGUGGCUUUAGUCUAAAAUAGCCAGCCCCUGGUGGUGACAGAUUUUGGCGUAGUCGGCAGGGCCCCACCUCGAGUUGAGUAACCAAGGUCACCCAAUGACUGACAACGCGGGGCCUGCAGCCCCACCCCGUGCCACGUCUAUUAUCAUGGGAAGCCCAUGGAUCCAGAAAUAUGGAGGAGCAGAGUCGGAGGUACGACUGACCGAAUGGAAGGCCCAAUUAGAGUACUUGGCCGACUUACAGGGCCUUAGCGCCGCCCAGCGGCUCCAGUUUGUGUUGAACUCCCUAGAGGGAGAAGCACGGCGAGAGGUACAAGCCGCCCCCGAAGCAAUCAGAGCCACUGCCCAGACUGUGUUCCAGUUCCUUACCGAGCAAUAUGGUGACCAUACCCCCGUAGCUGUCCUCCGUUCACAAUUUUUUAAUUGUAAGCAAGGCCCCCGACAACCUAUUAGAGCUUUUGCCCUCAGGCUGCGAGAGCAGUUCACUCGCCUGCAGGCCCGACGAGACCAUGGGCUAGGAGACGGAGAGACCUUGUUACGCGACCAGUUCCUCCUGGGGAUGAAAGAGGGCCCCGUGAGGCAAAGUCUGAGGGUCCAGUUUCGGAGGGACUCCGGGCUCACCUUUGAAGACCUAAAGAAGGAGGCGCUGGCCUUGGAGGGUGAUGAGGUCGAAGUAAGUGAAACCCCUAUAUGUGCAGUCGUAAGUGGAAACACAGCAGCACCGCCUGAACACGCAGAUUGGAAGCAAGCCCUGAGAGUAGAGUUGCUGAAAGACGUCCGAGAGCAGAUGUCGGAACUCUCUAAGACUCUCCUGGGAGAACUUCGCCAAGGUAUGCUGGGGCGGGGCAUCGUCCGGGAAAGCAGUAGCCCAUGGGCAGCCCCCAUCGUGCUUGUGCAGAAAAAGUCGGGAGCUUGGAGGUUUUGUGUGGACUAUCGUAAGCUUAACCUGGUGACAAAAAAAGAUGCUUUCCCCCUACCCCGGAUCGAAGACUCCCUUGCCGGUCUCACGCGGUCUGCAUGGUACUCCACUCUGGAUCUGGCCAGUGGACAUGUGCGGAUGCCCACGGACUUGGUCUUGGGAGUGGCUGCUGGCCAGGAGGAAGGGAGCGUGACGGAAUGGGUGGGGCGCCACCACCAACGGCUGCACUUUGCUUACAAACAGUUGACGGUGGACCUGUUUGGAGUAAAGGGAAAAUCCUAUGGGUAA